GAUCAGUUAGCGAAGAGUAGCCAUUGAAGAAAGCCGAGCUGUUUUUUUGAGCUCCGGAGUUUCUGCAUUUUUAAAAACAUAAAAUUCUCUUCCUUGGGACAGAAUUGUCGGAUAUUUAUUUUUAGGAAUGGAGAUGAAGAAGAGAAUAAGUUUAGAACUACGGAACAGGACCCCCGAAGAGGUGGCAGAGCUGGUGGUGGAUAACUGUCGCUCCAGUGACGGAGAGGUGGAGGGGCUAACGGAUGACUUCAAAGAGCUGGAGUUCCUCAGCAUGGUCAACGUGGGCCUGUCCUCCAUGGCCAAACUGCCCUCUCUGCCCAAACUGCGCAAGCUGGAGCUGAGUGAUAACAGCAUCUCGGGCGCCCUAGAGACCCUGUCGGAGAAGUGUCCCAACCUCACCUACCUGAACCUGAGCGGCAACAAGAUCAAAGAGCUGCAGACCGUGGAGGCCUUGCAAAACCUGAAGAAUCUGAAGAGUCUGGACCUGUUUAACUGCGAGAUCACCACCCUGGAGGACUACAGGGAGAGCGUCUUCCAGCUGCUGCCCCAGGUCACCUACCUGGACGGCUUCGACCAGGAGGACAACGAGGCCCCAGACUCAGAGGCCGAUGAUGAUGAUGACGAUGAUGAUGGUGAGGAAGGAGCCGGCCCCACAGGAGACUACGACGAUGAGGAUGAUGAUGAGGAAGGCUCGGAGACAGGCGAGGUGGGGCUGUCCUACCUGAUGAAAGAAGGCAUCCAGGAUGAAGAAGAUGAUGAUGACUACGUCGAAGAGGAGGAAGAAGACGUUGAAGAAGAGGAGGCUGCUGUCCAUGGGGAGAAACGCAAGAGGGAACAGGAUGACGAAGGCGAGGAAGAUGAUGAUGACGAUGACUAACCCCCGAAUCCCCCACCACACCCCCCCCACCCCCACCCUCACCCCCGCCCCUGCCCCCCCGAUCCAGAACCAAGCUGUAGACCAUCCCCCAGAAAGUGUGCUCUUGGAGAUUUAAGUUUUAUAAUUCUUCAUUAUUUUUUUUCCCUCUUUGUAAACCAUAGGUUUAUCACUGUAGAAAUUUCAAUGUUUAAAUUUUGUUUUUUAUUAUUAUUAUUUAGAUAUGCUAUUUGAAUAAAAAAUGGAAAGGUUUUAAGCAACAUAAUCAUUCCAGGAUUUAUUCACCCCUUCCCCCCACCUCCCCUCCCCCUCCUUUGUAGAAUAUCUGGGUUGUUGUUUUCGGCGUGGGUUCGAGUCGAGGCCAGUCUGAGUCCCACAUGCCAACCGGGCGUAUGCUUCUCGAUUUAAUAGCGAGCUGAUUGCGUGUUUUUAUUUUGUUGUCUUCAUUUUUAAACGGUAAUUUCCCUGCUUUCCCCGUUUGUUUUGUCUUUUUAAACGACUCGUUCACUCGGUUUCUCGCUUUUGAAUGGGGCGCUAGGGACUUCCGCCCCGUUGUCCCGGCAGGUCCGAUUACAACCCCCCCCCCCCCCCCAGACUCCAACCCUACCCCCCUUUUCCAGCUGUCUGGAGGAACUACCGAACCCCCCCCACAUCCCCCUGUGUCUACCCUGGCUUUGGCACCAUGGUAACCCAAACGGCACCUGUCCAUUCCCCCAAAAUCCCAGAAUUCUCAGCGUCUUUUACAAAAUGGCCACCGUUCUUUCCCCCCCCUCUAGACUUCCCCAUUAAUUUCUUAUUCCGUUCUUUUUUUUUUCUUCUUUUUUUCUUUUUAAAAAAAUAGAUUCAAUAUUUUCCCUUGUCUCUUAUAGGCUAGUCACAGCAGCUGUGGUAGACCAGUCAUGAAAAUAAUUGAAUUCUUUUUUAUGUAAAUUUUAUUUUCUUCUUUAGAUUUUUUGAAGAUGGUGGGUGGGGAGGGUGUUUCAGAAUUGUGUUGUGGGGAUAUACUGGAAGCUUGCCUAUUAGAAAAUAACACCAGUGUUGGGUCGUGCAGAGCAGCUUUUGUGGUUUUAAAAAGUGGGAAGAGAACGGGGCCUGAGAACCAUAAUUUUACUUUGCUCCUUAAGAAUAGUGUUUGUGUCAAUUAUGUCAACAAUACUUUAGCCCUGCCCCUUACCGUGAUGUCGCUGAUAUAACCCCUCCCCUUCCCCCCUCUCUGUAGAGAAUUUGGCAGAGUGCUGUUCGGAUUAAACUUAGGACUAGAUUCCAAGCCUUCAGGUAUUUCUUACACUGUAAUUAUUAAUUCUGGGACACAGAAGCGCAGUAAGAUUUCUCACCACUGCACAGUGUUCAGUCAAAACGCACCUCAGUUCACUGCAAUCGGACAGGGGAGGAGUUAUAGUCCAAUGACAUCAUUCACUAAGGUGGUAUUUUUUGAGUGAAGUUCCCCUUUAAAGGCCUAUUGAAGAAUCACGCAGGGCUAAAUAACGAGUCGUGUUUGAAUCCUGAUAUUCGGAGAAGCACUCGUAGAGCCCCAAUCAAUCAAUGCAACCGGCAGCCAGGACACACCAGGGCCAGGGCCUAAAAUAUUAACCGGCUGGUUCAGACCCACCCCAAGAACUAUUUGCGUUCACAUUCAGUUGCAAUCCCCCUCCCCCCACCUUUCAAAGUGUUUUUAGGGUUUUUUUUUAGCUUGCGGUCAUUAAAAAUAAUAGCAUAACUUCAAAACGUUGAAAUUUGUGAUUGAGAGUUGAGGCCAAUUGUUCUCCCAUGUACCUCUUAAUCUUUUGUCAGGCAGUGGACACAAAUUAGUGUUUGGGGUUUGUUUUUGUUUUGUUUUUUUUGGGGUAUUUUACAGAGUGAGAACUUUGUUGUUUGUAUGGCAAUAUGUAUAUAGUGUUCGUUCCAACUGUCUUUGUUGUUCCUGUGUAAAUGUUUUUUUAAAAAAACUGGUUUUAAUACAAAGCACAGGUAAGAAAGUCAGGCUUUAGACCGCGACACUCGAUAUAUAGUUUUGUUUUCGGUCCUUGGCUAUUGUGACAGUUAUGUGUUUGGCAUUUGUGUGCUGUAAACCUAAGAGGGGUUUUAAACAAAAUAAAAAAUAAAAAACAAAUGCUUUAAAAUAAAAUAAAAAGAUUUCAUAA